AUGGAGCGGGAGCAGGAGCAGGUGCAGGAGGCGGGCACAGCACAGCAACUGCUCGGGAGGCGCGUGCGCGCGGACACGCGGCACCCGGUGUACCGCGGCAUCCGGUACCGCGGGGGCAAGUGGGUGUCGGAGAUCCGGGAGCCGCGCAAGUCCAACAGGAUCUGGCUGGGCACGUACCCGGCGCCGGAGAUGGCGGCCGCCGCGUACGACGCGGCCGCAUUGGCGCUGCGGGGCGCCGACGCCGCGCUCAACUUCCCCGGCGCGGCCCUGUCGCGGCCCGCGCCGGAGUCGUGCUCCCCCGACGACAUCCGCGCGGCAGCCGCCGCUGCCGCCGCGGUGAUCGCCCGUUCCCACUCGCCCCAGGCGGGCGUAGCUGCUGCUGAGAGCGCGUCGUCGUCCGGUGCCGGUGCACCGGGCCCGCCGCCGGAGCACCGAGCGGGCGACAGGCGUAUCGUGGACGAGGACGACGUGUUCCAGGUGCCCCGGCUGCUGGCGGGCUUGGCCGAGGGGCUGAUGAUGAGCCCACCGAUUCUCGUCGGCACCGUGUCGCCGGAGGAGGACGGCAGCGAGGACGGCGUGGUGAGCCUGUGGGAUCACUCGUGA